GAUUGCUGCUAAUAGCAUGUAAAACGUUUGCUUCAAUAGCAUAUGCUUUUUGCAAUAAUAUACUUACAAAGUAAAAAGAAAGAUUGGAUGUGAAAUAUAUUUCUAGAGUCGAGAUGAAAAUAAGCAACCAUGCAUUAUGUUAUUUCGGAAAAGCUUUAUCAAAUCAAUCUGUUUAUUUACAUUUCUAUUAUCAGCAGUUCUUACUCUUUAUGAGAUCUGCACUACUUCGGAUCAGACACAGGAGAUCUUUAAUGAACACGGAAUAAAUUUAAAAACCAAACAUGUUGAUGUAAAAUAUAACAGAGAAGCACGAGCUUCCAUGAAAUUAAGACAGUACCAACGUGUUGCUCAAUAUGAAAUAAAUAGACAAAGAUUCAAAAAGAUUAUAAAAGAAUUUAGUAAUAACUCAACAAGGAUUACGAAUUCUGCUGAUAUAGAACAUUUUCCAUCGAGACAAAAUUUCGACAAUGAGUGUAAAGUAUUAGAAAAACUAGAUGGCCAAAUACCUAUCAACAACGUAUUACUUUGUGAUGAAGCAAUUCACUUUUUAAGAACAUUCCAUUCUGAUGUUGAAGAUGGUGGUCACUGGCGAUCCAACAACUGUUCACGACAUGCUCUCAUUAUUAUCAUACCGUACAGGGACAGACAACAGCACCUCUGCAUAUUACUACGUUACAUUAUACCAAUGUUGAAAAGACAGAAUAUAGAGUUCAGGAUUGUUGUAGCUGAACAAGCUGGAAACGAAACCUUCAACAAAGGAAAACUUAUGAAUGCUGCGUUCAUCGAAUCAACCAAACUGUUUAGCUACCAGUGUGUUGUCUUUCAUGACGUAGAUUUAAUUCCUGAAGACGAUAGAAACAUUUAUCCGUGUCCAUGGCAACCAACACACCUCUCUGUUGCAAUUGAUGAGAUGAAUUACAGAUUACAGUAUGAAAUGUUGGUUGGUGGAGUUCUGGCAAUGAGAAAAGAACACUUCGAGACUGUGAAUGGUUUUUCUAACGAGUUUUGGGGAUGGGGAGGAGAAGAUGAUGACAUGGCAUACAGGAUUAAACUGGCAGGAAUGCGAAUUUUAAGACCACCAAAAAAUGUUGCAAGAUAUAAAAUGCUUCGCCACAAGAAACAGGUUCCUGCAAAGUGGAAUUCAAGGAUUAAACUGCUGAGUGGUGUAAACAAAAGAUUCCUUCUUGAUGGACUAAACAGUGCCAAUUACUCUAUGGAGAAGUUGACAAGACACAAGUUCUAUACCCAUUUUCUUAUAAAUGUUGGAAAACAGCCAUUAAAAUUGGACCAAACUAUAGGAUGACUGCAUUCAGUGAGCCUCUAUGUAA